AAAAAUGCUGACAAUUGUGAAUCAAAAUAAUCAUUUUGCAGCACUCAACAUCAAAAGGAUCAAAAAUGAGCUUGAGAGAAAGACGACCACCCGUCGGACACCAGUUUGGGAACAUCAGAAAACCUGACAUUACUCAGGAAGUUCAACUCCAUCCAGACAUGCCAAGUGAUACUUCAGAAGAGACUAAAGUCACAGACAUCAUUACCACACCACUGGGAGAUGAUGAAAGGUUGAGAACAUAUGAAGACCAUCUGCAGGAAGGUUCCAAGGCCCUACAGACAGGGGACCUGGACAGAGCAGAAAAAAGCUUUGCAGCUGCACUCAAGUCUGUUCAUGUCAAAGGUCAACACAAUGCAGAGGCAGAGCCCCUGUACAGGUUGGGCGAAGUCUACCUGAAGAGAGGAAUCCAGUCUAAAGACGGAGGUGAUUUCACCAAGGCUGCAGCACUCUGUAAUGCAGCACUGGUAAGAUCGAAAAGAGAAGACAUCGAGAAAGCAAUCCAGGCCAUAAGACAAUCAUUUGUUAAGCAUGUGCUGGAUAUUGAACAAAAGGGACACAUCGAUGAAAUAGAGAAACAUAAAUGGAUGUUGAAUGAGGAUCGUGACUGUGCGGAGAGAGAAAUGAAAAGGAUCGAUGAGGAAAUAGAUCCGUACAGCCUUGAUGAAGAUGACCCUGAGUUAGGAGAAGUGGAAAAGAAGAGAGUGGAAGCAAUUAAGACACUGUUUGAGACUAUUGUUGACCAAAGAAAAACAUUCAUAGCUGGACUUGUAGAUGAAUGUAUAGCGGUUAUGGGCCCCCCUCCCUGUAAAUACGCCAUGAUAGGCCUGGGUUCUUAAGCCACAGGGUUGGUAACUCCGUACUCUGAUCUGGAAUUUGCUAUUUUGAUAGAGGUGGAAACAGAGCAUAAUGCUAAGUAUUUCCGCAACCUCACACAUUACCUGCAUCUCAAAGUGAUAAAUCUGGGAGAAACCAUUCUCCCAGCCAUGGGGAUUAAGUCUCUAAAUGAUUUCUUCUCAGGGGACCCACUAGAUGACUGGUACUAUGACUCUGUUACACCACGUGGGUUUUCGUUUGAUGGAGCCAUGCCAAAUGCAUGUAAGACUCCACUGGGCAGGGGUAGUAACAGCACAGGAAGAAGUGAACUUAUCCACACACCAAGCAAUAUGACCAAGGUUCUUAAAGACGACUUAACGUUCCAUUUCAAGAAAGGCUACCACCUUGCUAGUAUCCUUGGAAAUGUGUCUUUGAUCACAGGAGAACAGUGCCUGGUGGAUGAGCACAGGUCUCUUUGUACUCAGCAACUUCAAGUAAAUAAGGGGACAAAUCCUUUGGUAAUUGCAAUCAGUAUACUUAAAGAGAAUGUGCCCAACAUUUCAAAUCAAAGGUCUAAGUGCAAGUCUGUUGAAUGUAAAGAAAGAAAUGUAUAGAUUUUCAAGCCUUGCAGUGUCCUGUUGGGCACUUCUUCAUAACAUACAGCCGACCACAGUCUGGGAGACUAUCCAGGAGAUGAAAAACAGUGGGGUCGUCAAUGCUGAGAACGCACAUCACUUGAUGGUGAUGGUCAGUAUCUCAGCAGAACUAAGGCUGAGGACAUACAUGAACAAUCAUGGUCAGGUGGAAAACAUGUCAGCCUUAUCAUCAAUAUCAAGAGAUACCGACAUUGGGGCAAAACUGAAGAAAGUAUUUUACUUCUCAAAUAGACAGCAGCUCAUGAGAUACUAUUACACGGCAAGGCCAUUAAAGAAAGUCAUCUCACAACUGAGCAAUAGCCAGCCACAGAAAAAUCUGACCAUUUUGUUUGACAACUCUUCAGACCUCAAAGCAGAGGUGUACGAAAGUCUAUGUGAUUACCAAAGUUCUGCGAUGUGCAAAGAAGAAACACUUCAGAAUAAAAUAUCAACAUAUGGUGAGAACACCCCACAUAUUGAU